AUGUAACAAUAAUUAAUAAAGCCUCAAUCUAAAGAACAUGCAAUGCAAAUUUUGUAAUCAGGAUUUUAGCUGUAUUAACAUUAAGGACACAUGAGUUUCAACGAAAAUGCUAUUGUAAUUUAAUAACCAGAAAGAAUGAGUUUCAACGAUUAGAAGAUGAAAUCACAUCCAAAAGUUCAUAAUGUUUUUGAAAAUCAAAAGAGAACCAGAAUUAAUUAACAUUAAAUUGAGCAAAGUAUAGUUGGAAAUAAAUUUGAAAUUCCUGUUUUGCCAUCGGGUAAAUAUCUCAAAUUUAAUGUUCUUUCAAAUUGGGGAGAUAAAUAACAAGUUGGUCUUAAUGGAAUUGAAGUGUUUGACUCAUAAGGUGGUAAUAUAACUAGAUAUAUUAAAAUGCCUAUGCAAGAUGAGUACAUAGAGAAAUUAAAGUUGAUAGACGGUUACUAAGCAGUUAAAGACGAUAAACAUAUUUGGAAAACAAAGAACUUGAAACCUGAAAUCAUUAUUGAUUUAACUGCAAAUAUAAAAGUCUCAUUGAUAAGAAUUUGGAACUACAAUAAAUCCAGGAUUCGAUCCUAUAAAGGUGUUAGAUUGUUAAAGAUUACUUUAGAUGAAAGAUUAAUAUUUUAUGGAGAUAUUUAGAAAGCAACUGGAGAUCUAAAGAAGUUCUAAGAUAAUUGUGAAUACAUAUUAUUCACAUAGGAUUCUAAAAUUAUAAGUAGAAUAGCUGAAUUAGAUUGGCUGAACAAAAGAGCCGAAGACUAUUCUAUUUAAAUUCUAUAGUAAACUAUGAGUAUGAAAUAAAUUCGACCAAAUACUGGUACAAAGUUACAGUCAUAGAAACCAAGAUAAUAACAAUAAUAAAAUGAUUAAUCGCCGUCCUCAAAAUUAUACUCAUCAAGAAUUUAUUAAUAAAGCAAUAAAGAAUAGGAGUAAGCAGCAAUAUAAUAAAGAUCAUAGCCAUAAUAAAAAGAGUAAGAAAUCUAUAAACCUUCAAAUAAAUAAGAGAAAGUAUAAAUGCAAUACCCUGAAUACAUAUCUGUUUUUGAUAUAUUAUUAGAAUUCAAUAAUGGGUCAAAACGAUUCCUGGGAUUAAAUGGAAUAUUAUUAAUUGAUUAUAAUAACAAAUAGAUUCAUUAAGAAGAGAUAUAAGAUUCUAAUCUAACUGAAUACGAAAUAUAACGACUAUUCUAUUCUAAUAAUCCAACCUAGAUUGAUUCAUCCAAUAUGAUUUGGAUAAAAUAAAAGAGAAUUUAUAUCAAAUUCAAGCAACAAACAAAAUUAUCAAUGAUUAAAUUUUAUAAUUGCAACCAAAUUGUUAGUGAAUCUACAUUUACUGGACCAGAAAUAGUCAAAAUUACUUAUAAUGGAAGGUUCAAAAUAUUUAAUUUGAGACCUGCACCAUGUGAAGAAAUUAAUUUUGUUUAAACUAUUUAACUAACUUAACCAAACAAUAAUUCUUAUUCAGGCAAUCUUGUGGCUAAUUAUGAAUUAUUUCAUUCCAAUUAUGUCAUUGCUUAUCCUCCUUGUGGAAUGAUAGUCACUAUUUAUUUGAUUAAUACUUGGGGAGAUAACAAUUAUGUCGGUUUAAAUGGACUAGAAAUUUAUGAUCACCAAGGUUCAGCCUUAUUAUAAAGAAAACUCAUACCUUAUACUAUUCAUUCUGUUCCAUAAUUAGAAGAUGAUCCAAGAGUUGUCUAAAACUUAGUAAUUCCUCCAUAUGAUAUUAAUUGUUAACCUUAAAGAAGCUUCUUGGCUCCAUUUAUUAAUACUCCGAUGGAAAAGUUAAAAAAUAAGAAUGCCAUCAUUAUCCAAAAGGCAAGGGAUUUAGAGAAAUAAGAUAUCAAUAAGAUCUAUGUAUUAUUUGAUAAACUUACUUGUUUCAGCGGAAUAGACUUUUAUAAUUAUACGAAAGAUUGGUAAAGAGGAGUGAAGGAAGUCCACAUAUAUGUUAAUAAUCGAUUGAUUUAUUAAGGAAACAUUAAUCAGACUUUUCAAGACAUAAAAAAGAACAUAUAUAAUAAAACAACUAUAUUAUUUUCAGAUUCCAAUUAAAUUAAGUAAUAAUUAAAUCCACACUUUUAUCAAUUUCCAGAUGAGUAAGUAUCUUUGAUUGAUGAAAACAAAUAAUUAACCUAAAGAGAAUAUUAGUAAUAUUACUCCCAAUAAUUGAUUAGACCUAAAACAAGUAUUCAAUCAUGA